GAAACGGCCGGGCCGGGCGGCGAUGGCGGCGCGGGCCGCGCUGCUGCUGCUGCUGCUUCUCAUGGCGGCGGCAGCACCGGGCCCGGCCCAGGGCUCGCAGGGGGACCGGGAACCGCUGUACCGGGAGUGCCUGAGCCGCUGCGAGCGGCAGAACUGCUCGGGGGCGGCACUGCGGCACUUCCGCGCCCGGCAGCCGCUCUACAUGGGCCUGACAGGCUGGACGUGCCGGGACGAGUGCCAGUACGAGUGCAUGUGGCUGACGGUGCGGCUGUACCAGCAGGGCGGGCACCGCGUGCCGCAGUUCCACGGCAAGUGGCCGUUCUCUCGGUUCCUGUUCGUGCAGGAGCCGGCCUCAGCCUUGGCCUCGCUGCUGAACGGCCUGGCCAGCCUGGUGAUGCUGCUGCGGUACCGGGCAGCCGUGCCCCCCGCAGCGCCCACCUACCCCACCUGCACCGCCUUCGCCUGGGUCUCCUUAAACGCCUGGUUCUGGUCCACCGUGUUCCACACCAGGGACACGGCGCUGACAGAGAAACUGGAUUAUUUCUGUGCUUCGGCCGUCAUCCUGCACUCCGUGUACCUGUGCUGCGUCAGGACGCUGGGGCUGCAGCGCCCAGCCUUAAUCAGCAUCUUCAGAGCCUUCCUCCUCCUCUUCCUCGCCGGCCACAUCUCCUACCUGAGCCUCGUGCGCUUCGACUACGGCUACAACCUGGUGGCCAACGCUGCUGCUGGGAUGCUGACGGUGGCGUGGUGGCUGCGCUGGUGCCUGCGGCAGGGCCGGCGUUUGCCGCACGUGUGGAAAUGCGCGGCCGCGGUGCUGCUGCUGCAGGCGCUGGCGCUGCUCGAGCUGCUCGACUUCCCCCCCCUGGGCUGGGUGCUGGACGCCCACGCGCUCUGGCACAUCGGGACCAUCCCCCUCAACGUGCUCUUCUACAGUUUCCUGAUGGACGACAGCCUCUACCUCCUGAAGGCCAACUCCGACCUCUUCAAAGUGGACUAGAGCUGCUGGGGGGGGUGGGCAGAGCCCCCCGUGCCCCCCCAGGGCUGUGCCCUGCCCUGUGCCAAGCAACGCCCCAGCCCCCCCUGGCCACGGCCUCCUGAC